AUGGAGGGUCCGGGUACUGCGAUCGAGCAGUACUUCAAUCGGCUCAUCGAUAUGCGGCUGCUCACGCAGGUUGUGGUAUCGGACAGGCAGGGUAACACCAUUGUCGCAUGCUUCGGUACCCCACAGUUAGCGGAGGUUGGAGACGAUGUGGCGAACGGUGAUGCGUACGCCGCAGAGGACCAAAUGAUGGAAAGCAAUGUCGUUCUCAGCGGUGCGCGUUGCUUUCAGAGCAUGGAGCAGCUACGCUUGGAUGUGCCUUCGUACAUUUCCCUCCAGUACCACGACGAUGUUGUUGUGCAGUCGCUUGAUGGAUGCUGCAUGCUUACUUUGAUAGGUUGCCGAUCGCACGGUCAUUUCGUGGGCGGUCUUCUUGUGCUUCUUGGUCAAAUACGUGCCUCGGGUAUUUACCAGGAGUUGCUUGAGAAAACUCAGGAGUGCUCUCUGUGA